AUGAACUCAUCGCCUAAUUGCAUUAGAGAAGCCUCACAAGCCUGCUUUCAGGGUUGCUGUGUCAAGCCAUCUUUUCUCAGCCUUCCUUAUGAAUCAUCUCAACCUCAUCACUCACCAAAAUCCACAACUACUAGUAGCACCAUUAAUACUACAAGUAGUACUAUAACAACAGCCUCAUCAUCACAGUACAAUUUUAUACUUGCCACAAUUUCUUCUUUGCAUCCAAACACACAAUUCUCUAACCAUGAGUCUCUUCCUUCUUUGGAUGAAUCUUUUUCUCAUUUCAUCAGAGCAUUCCCCCGAUACUUACAAACUCACCAAGCCGACCAACUCCGGUCGCGAGAAUAUUACCAUCUUGCCCUCUCAAACCAUGUUUGUCUUGACUAUAUUGGCCAUGGCCUUUUCUCCUGCUCUUCAAAGGCUCGGGAUAGUAGUAGUACUGCAGUCGCUUCUUCAUCGUCAUCUUCUCUUACUCCUCAACCUUUCGAUUUCCCUGAGUCGCACUUUUUUUAUAUCUGCUUCAAGGCAGUGAACUUGAAGUCACAAGUUCUUUAUGGAAGCCAAGAAUCGGAACUUGAAUUUAGCAUCCGAAAGAGGGUCAUGGAAUUCAUGAACGUCUCAGAGGAAGAUUACACCAUGGUGUUCACUUCAAACCAAUCCUCUGCCUUCAAACUUCUUUCUAAUUCUUACCCUUUUCAGUCCAAUAGAAAUCUCCUCACGGUUUACGACUUCAAGAGCGAGGCGGUGCAGAUCAUGACCGAAAACACGAAGAGAAGAGGCGCGAGAGUCUUGUCCGCGGAGUAUUCGUGGCCAAGCAUGAGAAUUCAGACAAGAAAGCUAAGAAAUAUGAUAGUGAGUGCUAGUAGUAGUAGUAAUUACAAGAAGAAGGUUAGAAAUAAGAAAGGAUUGUUUGUUUUCCCUCUCCAGUCUAGAAUGACUGGCUCCAGGUACUCUUAUCUUUGGAUGAGUAUUGCAAGGGAAAAUGGUUGGCAUGUUUUGCUUGAUGCUUGUGCUUUAGGACCAAAGGACAUGGAAACUUUAGGCCUAUCUCUCUUUAAGCCUGACUUUCUUAUAUGCUCAUUUUACAAAGUUUUUGGAGAAAACCCUUCUGGGUUUGGUUGCUUGUUUGUCAAGAAAACUAGUGCUUCACUCCUAACAGAUUUGUCUGCCGCCGAAAGCAUUGGGAUUGUCAGCCUUGUCCCAGCAUCAACACAAUUAGUACCUCAUCAUGUGGCUGAAGAUCAAGAUCAAGAUCAAGACAAUACAGAGAAUGAUCAAGAGCCAAAGUUUGACUCAGCAGUACUAAAAGAUGAUCAUGAUCAAGAUCAAGAUAAAGUUCAAUCUUCGGAGAUCAUAGAGUUGGAAACACAAAAGCCCUCAGGAUCUAAAUUGAUCAAGAUUGAAUGUAAGGGAUUGGAUCAUGCAGAUUCUUUAGGCCUAGUUCUGAUUAGUGCAAGAGCCAGGUUCUUGAUAAACUGGCUAGUGAAUGCACUAACUAGGCUUAAGCACCCAAAUUCGGAAAAUGGGCAUUCACUAAUCAGAAUUUAUGGUCCGAAAAUGGGUUUUGACCGAGGACCAAGUGUGGCUUUCAACGUGUUUGAUUGGCAAGGAGAGAAGAUUAAUCCAAAACUUGUUCAGAAACUUGCUGACAGGAACAACAUUUCUCUGAGCUGUGGAUUUCUACAAAACGUAUGUUUUUGUGACAAGAAUGAGGAGGAGAAAGAGAGAAGAUUAGAGACGACUUGUGUUACAAGUAAUAUUGGAAGAAAAAAUAUUGACCAUAUUGAAAUGGGAGAAGAGAAAGUGUUGAUCAACAAAGAAAGAGAUGAAAUAGAGGAAAGUGGGAUAUCUGCAAUCACGGCUUCAUUAGGAUUAGUGACCAACUUCGAAGAUAUUUACAGGCUUUGGGCAUUUGUUGCUCGCUUUUUGGACGCGGAUUUUGUGGAGAAGGAGAGAUGGAGAUACUUGGCCCUUAAUCAAACUACAGUUGAAGUGUAACUUUUUCUUUCUUCUGUUUUUUUGGAAGGGGAGAAGUUUGAAGUAAAGUUUAUUCUUUCAUUCAUUUUGCUGUGCAACUAUUAUUAUUAUUAUUAUUAUUUCUU